UCAAAUCAUAUCACAACUCUUUUUCGUCUUUCCCUCUCAUUCUUUAACUUCCGUUAAAAUUCCACAAACCACCCACAAGUCCAGAACCAGAACCGUUACUCUUCCGUUGAAUUUCAAACUUCAAACCUCAGAAGUCAGAACACCAAUACAAACACACAUACACACACUAUUCAAAAAGUUAAUAUCCUUUUUUCUUUUCCCUCUCUAUAAAUAUCCCUUCUUUCGAAUCCGCCACGCUUGUUCUUAUUCCCCAUGUUACCAUUUGUCUCCUCAGAAGAAAGUAAACCAUAGUCACGCAAAUUUAAGAAUAUAUACUGAUAUUUAUUUAUUGCUAUAAUGAAUGGGAAUGGAAAUUGAAAUUCAGCAAAGUUGAGCUUCCCACGCGUUUUCUGCUCUAACCCACCGAACACAGUCCAAAUUUUUUCAAUGGUGGGCGUUGAAUGUAGCUAGUCUCUGAAUUAUUUCUUGCCCAGUCAUUUUACUUGAGGUUCUCUCUCUCCCUCUCUCUGUUUUUCUUUUUAAGAAUGUUGAUUUCGGUAGAAUGCAACAUAAAGAAAGAAAUUUUCUUUUAGGAUAUGAUAUAUAAUAUAACUUUGCAUGCGCCUUUUAUAUUAAGUAAAAUCCUGCAACGCUUUAACAUUCUUUAUGCUCUUCUUAACUGCAAAACAAUGGUCUGAGUUUAAACUUUUGCUACCUUAAUUUUUGUAAUUCGUGGUCGUUAAAUUAAGGCCCGAGAUGGUUUGGUAUGAAAGUUAUAAUCUAUAGAAAUGGUCUUCCAUGCUGUUUUCAGUUUUCACGGAACAAGCCAGCAACAAUAUUAAGUGAUUGUGAUAGACUUUUAAUUUUUGUUGACAUGGUUUAAGCAUAGUCUGCAUAGACCUCGUUUUCAAACUGAAGAUUUGGGACCAGAAUGAGGAAUUAUAACUUACUUGGUUUAUCUGCUGAUUUUGAAAGGUUACAGUUACAAUUCCAAAGCAAAUAUUAAGUAGAAGCUUACCAAGAUUGCAGUUUUUUUUUUAUUUCCUAGAGGUUGGUAGAUAUAGCGAAGGUUAUGCCGUCGUUAUAGCAUGGAUUCAUCACAUCUUCUCGGUUACAGUGUGACUAAUUCUAGCUUACUCAGCAAAUCAUCUUUUCCAACUACACCUCCGUUAUCCCACCUGCUACUUGGACCUUUGAAUGAAGCAGUAAACUCACCUAAUUUGUCUCUUUCUACUCACUUCAACUCUGAUACUGAUUCUGCAUUGAAUGAUAGUCAGCAGUUAGUUGAAGUUACGCGUGCAGAGAAACGUCACAAAUCAAUGGAGGAAGCGUCGCUACAGAGCAUUCCAUCGAGCACUUUGAAACAAUUGCUCAUUUUAUGCGCCAAAGCAAUGUCUGAAAACAAGAUGAAAGAUUUUGAUCAAUUGAUAGACAAGGCUAGAAGUGCUGUGUCUAUCAGCGGGGAGCCAAUUCAGCGGCUCGGUGCUUAUUUAGUGGAAGGGCUUGUUGCAAGGAAGGAGAAAUCGGGUAACAACAUCUAUCAUGCUCUUAGGUGCAAGCAGCCUGCAGGUACAGAGUUACUAUCAUACAUGCAGAUGUUAUAUGAAAUUUGUCCAUACUUCAAGUUUGGUUACAUGGCUGCCAAUGGAGCUAUUGCUGAAGCAUGCCGAAAUGAGGAUCGAAUUCACAUCAUAGAUUUUCAGAUUGCACAGGGAACUCAAUGGACGACUCUCCUUCAAGCUCUUGCAGCAAGGCCUAGUGGGGCUCCACAUGUGCGGAUCACCGGGAUUGAUGAUCCUGUUUCUAAAUAUGCUCGAGGAGAGGAAUUGGAGGCAGUUGGUGAAAGUUUGUCGAAAAUAUCUAAGAAAUUUGACAUUGAGGUUGAGUUUCAUGGAAUUCCUGUCUUUGCCCCAGAUGUAACCAGGGAUAUGCUUGAUGUCCGGCCUGGAGAGGCCUUGGCCGUUAACUUUCCUCUUCAACUCCAUCAUACGGCCGAUGAGAGUGUCGAUGUGACUAAUCCAAGGGACGAACUUCUGAGAUUGGUUAAGUCUCUUUCUCCUAAGGUAACCACAUUGGUGGAGCAGGAAUCGAACACAAACACGACGCAUUUCUUCAACAGGUUCAUAGAAACACUUGAUUACUACUUGGCCAUGUUCGAGUCCAUCGAUGUUGCCCUCCCAAGAACGAGCAAGGAGCGGAUCAACGUGGAACAACAUUGUUUAGCUCGAGAUAUUGUGAACAUUGUUUCUUGUGAAGGGAAGGAAAGGGUGGAGCGGCAUGAACUGUUUGGUAAGUGGAGGUCCAGGUUCACAAUGGCAGGUUUUGUUCAAUAUCCUUUGAGCUCUUAUGUGAAUUCCAUUAUAAGAAACCUCUUGAAUCGCUAUUCGGAGAAUUAUAGUCUGGUGGAGAAGGAUGGAGCCAUGCUGUUGGCAUGGAAGAACAGAAAUUUGAUAUCAGCUUCAGCCUGGUAUUAAUAGACAUCCAGAUAGAAAAUAAUGUAGUGGUAGAAAAAUCAUGGUGAUAGUGAUAGGAUAGGAAAACGCAUAAGGCUUGAGGUUAUUAUUGCUGACCAAGGUUUGUGUAGAUUUACACUUCCAUAUGCUCUUCUCAGUGUUUCAUACGUUAUUUGUUAGAUUUGUGUAUUCUUAUGCUCUAGUCAUACGUGAAUAGUAUACUAAUUCUCUUGUAACAUGUUUUAGGCAUGCGUCAAUAGUUUUUGGUCUACAAUGUUAAGCUUGUGUCUGAACUUUGGUCCUUGGCUUCUUGUGCAAUUUAUACAAACUCAGAAAUUUUGAAUUCCCUCAAUACUGUGUCCUUAUGAAAAAGGCAUAAUCUUAUUGUGAGCGUGAAGCCGUAAAGACAAAAAGGCCAAAGAGUGACAAAAGGCAAGUGGGAUAGGUUUUAGAAAAAGUCAUUUUCACAAAGUUUAGUUGAGUAUUUGUUUCGAAAGUAUGUGUUGAGUUGGGUUCAUUCGGUUCUGAUUUCUCUAAUUUUGGCUUAACACAGAGGUGAUUUAUGCUUGGUUUGAGUUUAGGAGUUAAGAGUUUGGUUUAAAU